UCUUAAAUAACUCUUGGCAUCAAAUUAAAAGAUGGAUCGCUUCGCCCAAAUAAUCUUCAGUCACUUGCAAGAGUGAUUUAUAUUCACCUAUUUAACCUUAGCUGUAUUCAUGAGACACUUACAUGGAAUAUUUCUACUGUUCUUCAGGCCCCUUAUUCAUGGGCGUUCCGACCUCAUUGCUAUAUAACCAGAGGCUCUGAGCUGCAGCUGUCAGGAUCCUAAUCCCUUCUGCAAGGACUCCAGGAAUUGCUGCCAGUGUGUACAGUAGCAAACUGCGUGCUCGCCUUUCAGGCACCAUCAGAGGUCUCAUCAGCAAAACAAAAGUUGUGGAUGAUUCUUUUUAACCUUCCAGAAUUUCAGCUAACUCGUUUAGUUUUCAAGCAGUGAUCAGGAAAACAUCAAUAUAUGGUCAUCCAUUAGUUCAUUGCUUAAUGGAUCCAGAAGCUCAAAAAGAUUAUUGUAUGUCUUCUAAUGAGCUUCUAAUUUAGCCUUCAGUUGCUGCUGCCAGAGGAGACAGAGAAGACAAUGAUGACAAGAAGGUGGUUGCAGAGAUCAUGGCAAGGUGUUUUUUUCCAGCUCUAGUAACAUCCAUCCCCUGGGAAGGAUUUCGUUUUGUUGGUCACGAGAUUCGAAUUACUGAAGCCAUGGAUUGUUAUGGUGCUGUUGUUUGGCCAUCGGCCCUUGUUCUAUGCUAUUUUCUGGAGACAAAUGUAAAGCAGUAUAAUAUGGUUGACAAAAAUGUGAUUGAAAUUGGAGCUGGAACAGGGCUUAUUUCCAUUGUGGCAAGUUUACUAGGUGCACAUGUGACUGCCACAGAUUUACCUGAAUUACUUGGAAAUCUGCAAUAUAAUAUAUCCCGAAACACCAAAAUGAAAUGUAAGCAUUUGCCUCAGGUUAAAGAACUCUCCUGGGGCAUAGCUUUAGACAAGAACUUCCCCAGGUCUUCCAACAAUUUUGAUUAUAUCCUGGCGGCUGAUGUUGUCUAUGCUCAUCCUUUCCUGGAAGAACUCCUCAUUACCUUUGACCAUCUGUGCAAAGAAGCUACCAUCAUCCUCUGGGUCAUGAAAUUUAGGUUAGAGAAAGAAAAUAAAUUUGUAGAUAGAUUUAAGGAGUUGUUUGACCUAGAGGAGAUUUCUAGUUUCCCUAGCUUGAAUAUUAAGCUGUAUAAAGCUAUGAAGAAAAAUCGAAGGAGUGCAUGAUAUCCUCAAAGGAGGACUUGGAAAGCAAAGGCAAUUUCUAGUAGAUGAUGACUUUAAAGAAGACCUUGGAUAAGAUGAUGCAGCACUGACUUUCUCAAGGGGGAACACAUGUGCACACGCACACACACACAUACACACACACACACACACUUACACACUUGCUAUAUCCAAGAUAGCAAUUUUCCAAUUUAUAGCACGUGGGUUUGGAGGAUGGCAAAGCCAUACUAUGUGGUUAGGACAGUGUCUGCUUUUUUAAUCCCUACUUCCAUAGAACCCUUGAUUAUUAUGAUCAUUGUAAUAAAUAGUGCAAUUAUUGUUAUUUUUAAUGGAUAACUGUAGAAUGGUGGUUUUCAAUAAUGAUAUCUCAAAAAAACUUAUAUUAUUCUCUCAUUAAAAGUAAAGAAAUAAACUAUAGUGGGAUAUGCAAAUAAAUCUGAAUGGUAAUAAAUAUACCAUUACCAUAAUAUAAUGGUAAA